GCCCUCCUGCAGUCAAAGAAAACACAGAAUCUGCUCAGUGAGAGGUGCGGCCACAAUGAUUUCCAAACAGCAGUGUGUGAAACUGAAUGACGGUCACUUCAUUCCUGUACUGGGAUUUGGCACCUAUGCUCCAAAUGAGGUGCCCAAGAGCAUGGCUACAGAGGCUACUAAAUUAGCUAUAGAUGCUGGGUUCCGCCAUAUUGAUUCUGCUUAUUUGUACCAAAAUGAAGAGGAGGUGGGACUUGCUAUCCGCAGCAAGAUUGCAGAUGGCACAGUAAAGAGAGAAGACAUAUUUUAUACUUCAAAGCUUUGGUGCACCUUCCAUCGACCAGAGCUGGUCCAACCGAGCUUGAAAAGUUCACUAAAAAAACUUCAGUUGGACUAUGUGGACCUCUAUCUUAUUCAUUUUCCAGUGUCCAUGAAGCCAGGGGAGGAGCUUUUACCAACAGAUGAACAUGGAAAAGCAAUGAUUGAUAUAGUGGAUCUCUGUGCCACGUGGGAGGUGAGUACUUGGAAAGCAGAGCACAAAGGAGAAGAAGGAAUGGAGGAAAGUAUAGGCGUAUAUGUUUUCCAUUGAAUAGGAUCUGAUAUUGUUCUAUCUGUCCAUCUACAGGUGGAAUGUCAUCCUUAUCUCAAUCAGAGUAAGCUGCUUAAUUUCUGCAAGUCAAAAGAUAUUGUUUUGGUUGCCUACAGUGCCCUGGGAUCCCACCGAGAAAAAAAAUGGGUGGACCAGAGCUCCCCAGUUCUCUUGGAUGAUCCUGUUCUUGUUGCCAUGGCAAAAAAGUACAAGAGAACUCCGGCCCUGAUUGCCCUUCGCUACCAGCUGCAGCGAGGGGUUGUGGUUCUGGCCAAGAGUUUCAAUGAGAAACGAAUCAAAGAGAACAUGCAGGUUUUUGAAUUCCAGUUGACUUCAGAGGACAUGAAAGCCAUAGAUGGCAUAAACAGAAAUGUUAGAUACAUUACGCUUGCUAAUGCUACAGCCCAUCCUAAUUAUCCAUUUCUGGAUGAAUAUUAACAUGGAGGCCUUCGUCCUAAGUUCUCCCAGAAGACCCUGUGCGCAGAUAUGGAUGUGAGAGAUUCUCAAACUCAGAUGUUUAGACUCAUUUCUUCUCACUUACUCAUGCUGAUUAUCAACUCAAACUAUGGCAGAAAUAUAUACCACAGCUUUGGAAGAAGUGCACGAAGAUUUUGUCCUAUUUUGAAAAAUAUAAAUUGCUUUCUCCCAAAA